CAAACCCUAAACCCUGACCUUAAACCCCAACCCUAAACCCUGACCUUAAACCCCAACCCUAAACCCUAACCUUAAACCCUAACCUCAAGCCCUAACCUUGACCGUCAUAUUCCUUACUUUCACCAAAGACACUCGCUCAGACUGUCACGCAGUAAGACAGAGCCCGGAAUAAAAUGUUUGGGGAUAAAACUUCUCACUGCACCGCUAAGAUUGCGCCUUCAAAACAAACGGAAAAACGAGAAAAAAAUAAAAGUAUAAAAGUAUAAAUUUUUAUCAAAACCUAAACAGAACCAAUAUUAAUUAUCCAACGUGUUUUUUUUAUCGAAGACGCUUAGAUGUAAAUUGGCUGCUAUUUCUAGGAUGUUGAUCGACUUCUUAGAGGUUUAAGGAACAAAGCUUUUUUUAACUUUUUUUUUUUGCGUUCUUCGUUUGAAAUUCGCGAGAGACAAUCUGAGAUAUUCCAGCGACAGACCAAAGAUGAUGGGACCGAUGGGAGUGUAGGAGUGGUUUUUUUUGCAAGUUUUAAAGAAGGGAAUAAUAAGAAAAGAUGAAGACGAAGCAGAUGACGAAAAGAAGGAGAAAGAAGAAAAGUAGUAGACAGGCGAGCCUUCUCCAUUGUGGUCCCGCCGUCGCUGACACGAUGAGCAAUCAGACAUCUUUCAUCAAGAUGUUUGAUGUGUUUCCGGACCACGUCAAUCAUCUCUUCCCGAUCGUCUUCCAGUGUUCCAACUGCAAGGCAAUCUUCGGUGACUCCCUCUCCUGGGAGAUCACCAACGAAGCCAUGCAAGUCAUCUGCUUGUCCAAGGCAAGUGAUUUUGUUAUCGUAGAUGAAGAAAUCUUGAUCCAGCGAUCUGAAAGUAAUCAAAUAAGCACCUACAGUAAACUCUCCUGCAAAGGAUGUCGACGGAUCAUUGGCAAGUUUUUCCAUUCCACAUAUUACGAUUUUGACCAGUUUCGAGGUUUGUUCACAUUUCAUGUCAACCAAAUUUCCAUUUACCAGACAGGACAAGAAGGUACCUACAAAGACAUCACACAGCUUGAAUACAUUGAUCCGAUCAAGUGUGUCCUGGUAAGCCUCAACGAACGCCUGACAUUGAUUGAAAAGAAGCUGGGAAUUGUCCGAGGAAGCAAUAAUAUUGGUGACAUCGACGACCAUGAUGGUAGGAAUGGUAACGUCAGUGAAGAGGGGAAUAACGAAGACCAUCUCUCCAACAGUGAGGACAUCACAUUGUCCAGGGGCACCACCAUCACCUCUAAUAGCAGCAGCCAAGUGCAGACUGAUUCCAUAGAACUACAUGGCAAUUUGUCUUCAAGUGAGGGAGACACCAGUGGCAGCUUCUCUGAGCUGUCCAAUGGAUGACCAGUCGGUCAUCUGUUUUAUGGACCUCUUAUACCUGACCUGCCCUUGCUGACAACUCGUACCCAAUGUUCCAUUAUUGACCUUUCAUCUCCAAACCACAACUGACCUCAUGCAUGACCUCUCACACUUGACCUCUCAAACUGCUCCACCUCCUCAUCCACGUCUUGUUUCAUCAGUCAGCACCCCACCCUGCACUCUACACAACUCCUCCACACUUAAAUGGCACCAUGUCGCAACCAUUUUCCCUUCUUCUUCAUUCUUCUCAUCACCGUUGUCGUCGACCACCUUGAAGCAUCAGGAUUCUUUGUUACCAUGGUAACACCAGCAGAGUUAAUCAGCUUCCAGCUUUGUUUGUCAAACAUGGCCUGAUCAACUCUGCUCUGUUUGUCGAGGUUGUUGCUGUCGAUUUGCUUUUCAUUUUAUUUUUUGCAAAUGAAUUUUUUUUUCCUUUUUCUCCUAAGUACAUUUAGGUACUAAAGCGCAACUACCCUGUAACUAGUCUCUGGAUGCUGGCUUUGUUGGGUGGAGGUACUUAUUUUUAACUUUGGCUAUAUGCAUUGUGUGUGA